UUUCGCUGUCUCCUCUCUCUCUCUCUCUCUCUCUCUCCACAAGUUCACAGCAAAAGCAUUUCUCCUUCUACUCUACGGAUCAAACCCAAACCUCCAUUUCCCCACAUUUUGUAUAUUACACUUUCUUUUUAACAAAAAUCCCACUCGACAAGCAAAAGAAUAUUAAAAGAAUGAAUUUUUAAUAGCGUUCAUCAUUGUUAUCAGUCGUUGAAUGCUUGAAUGUCAGCCUUUUCUGUUUCUAAACCUAUCCAAUACAUGUAUAAAAUAGUGUAGCACUGAAAAGACAAUAUUUCAGUUCCUUGUUGCACUCUGAGAGAGAGAGAGAGAGAGAGAGAGAGAGAGAGAAGGAAUAUAUUCCUUUUUUUAGGUGCACUCUUAUACCAAUUCUUCCCCCACCCACCAACACUCAGAGAGUCAGAGCUGUCUUUACAUAGUAUAGUUGAAAUACUUGUAUCUUUCUAUAUAUACACAUAAAAUAAAAUAAACAAUAGAUAUAUUGAGUAGCUUAGUUGAUACUUGAUAUGCUGAGCAUCUUUCUUUGUAUGUAAAUGAGUGGACCAGAAAUUUGUCUUAGUCAGUGGUGAUGGAGAUACAAAUGUGGGAGUGCUGAGUUCUUGGAGGAUCCUGAAAUGGGGUUCUUGAAGCUUGGUUUUUGAGAAACUAUCUUUGGGAAUUUGGGGGUGGUUAGCAGGAAUGUGGUAAUGGGGUGUAUUGGAUUGACUCCAUUUGGCUUUCUUGUGGGAGUUUUCAGGACCUAUUUUGGAUUUGUUGUGUGAUUUCUGCAAUUUUAAUGGAUUUUGAGGGUCAUUGUUUUGGGCUGUUUUCCUUUCAACAUUUGGUGUAUUUGGAAGGGAUUAUUGCAAUGCAGUUGUUUUGGAAGAUAUUCAAUAUUUUCGCUUGGGGAUUUGACAACUUGGCGACUGUAAAAGCUUGCUAGAAUCAGUAAAGUGAAGGAAUUUGGAAAGCUAAAGUUGAAAUUUUUGUUAAUCCAAUGUCAGGGGCUACAAGGGUAAGGUCUAAGAAUGUGUCUGAUUCAGAAGAAAUGGCAGUUUAUGUACCUGCUGGAGGUGUUCAAAGACCUCUUUCUAAGCCUUCGAAAAAGGGAGAUAUGGUGGAGAAGGAUAAGAGUGGUGUUCAAUCCAUGCUUCGUAGACACGAGUUCUUGAUGCAUUCUAAUUUGUCUCUCAGUGCGUCAUGUUCAUCCGAUGCUUCAACAGAUUCAUUCCGUAGCAGGGCUUCCACGGGUCAGAUAUAUAGAACAAGCAGCAGUGCUUCUUCCCGGAGGAAGCAGUCGAGCUCGAGGUCUAAAGUUGUUGUUGUUUCGGAUUCAUCACAUUCACCUGAUAGUGUACACUCCAAGAAAAGGUGUGCCUGGGUGACACCAAAUACUGACCCGUCUUAUGCUAAUUUCCAUGAUGAAGAAUGGGGAGUUCCUGUACAUGAUGAUAAGAAAUUAUUUGAGCUCCUCGUUCUAUGUGGGGCUCUGGCGGAACUUACAUGGCCUUCUAUUCUCAGUAAAAGACACAUAUUCAGGGAAGUAUUUGCAGAUUUCGACCCUGUAGCUGUUGCAAAGUUUAACGAGAGGAAAAUAAUAGCACCCGGGAGUACUGCAAGCUCACUAUUGUCAGAGCUAAAACUCCGAACCAUCAUUGAGAAUGCUCGUCAAGUGUCCAAGAUUAUACAAGAAUUUGGGUCGUUCGACAAUUAUAUCUGGGGUUUUGUGAACCACAAACCGACGGUUAGCAGAUUCAGUUAUCCUCGUCAGGUUCCAGUGAAAACGCCAAAAGCUGAUGUGAUUAGCAAGGACCUAGUGAGGAGAGGGUUUAGGGGCGUCGGGCCAACAGUCAUUUACUCGUUCAUGCAGGCUGCCGGGAUAACAAAUGACCAUCUCGUCAGCUGCUUUAGAUUCCAAGAAUGCAUUGCAGCAGCAGCUCUCGGGAAACAGGAGCCCGAUGAAGCUGGGGAGAGAGGCGACGAGGGGGCAAAAGAGUCAGAGAUGUGUAGAUCGAUCGACGAGUUAAGUUUCUCUUCUGAAUGAUCAAGUUAAUUGUUUGAAGCUCUGCUGCAGACACUGAAUGAACAUGUUUCAAGUGUUUGAAGAAUUUGACAGUCUGCAUUAUUGUUUUGUAGAUCACCUGGAAAUAAAUUUUUACUCAUCUUCAUAUUUACCAUGUGAACAACUGGUAUAUUGUGCACCCCAUCUCACCAUCCUUUGUACCCCUUUGUACAGACAUUCAUCAUAAAUGUAAAUUAAGUCUUAUCUAUUAAAA